AUGGCUCCCUCCCACCGCCGUGGACCUUGGGUCCCCGAAGAAGAUCAACUACUCCUCCAACUCGUGCGCGAACAAGGCCCUAACAACUGGGUGCGCAUCUCUCAACACAUGCACUACCGCUCUCCCAAGCAAUGUCGUGAACGCUUCCACCAAAACCUCAAGCCCUCGCUCAACCGUGAGCCGAUCUCCGCCGACGAGGGCCUCUUGAUUGAGCGUAUGGUCAACGAAAUGGGCAAGCGCUGGGCCGAAAUCGCCCGCCGUCUGGGGAAUCGCAGCGACAAUGCCGUCAAGAACUGGUGGAAUGGAAGCAUGAACCGCAAGCGCCGUGGCUUGUCCACCCCACCGGCCUCACGUACUUUCAAUGGCCGCAUCGAGGCACCGUUCGCCCGUGCCUCGAUCGUCAGCCCAACUCGUCCUCGCUUUGCAACUCGUCCCUGGGCCGAAUCUUCUCCUAUCGAUUCGUCUGAGGUCUUCUCCCACUCGCGCCGCGAGUCUACCGUCUCCACUACCCGCCAGCUCUCUCCCAUCUAUACUCUGCCUUCUAUCAACCGCCCCAUCGAGACUCCCUUGACCUCGCCUGCCUUCUCCGAGGCCACAUCCAUCGAACCACCCUCCAUGGUCUCGGAUCACAACUCAGUUUGCUCUUCUUCUCCUCGCACAUUGCCAUCUCCACAGCUCCUCCCCAUGCCCGUGGAUUUGCGCGCCCAGUACGAUGUCCGCCGGCAGAGUGUCGUCUCUGUCCACGUUGUGGAUGAUUCCCCGCCCAGCUAUUCAACUCGUUCGCUGGAGUCACUCUCUGAAGUCGCCUCUAAGCGGCGGUGGAUGGAACACCAGCCGGCAUUGGCAUCAUGGCACCAACCGACAGACUCGUUCUCCAAGCCCUGGGAGACGAGGCCUGUCGAGCCUCCCCGUGAUACGAGGAUGGGUGUGAACAACCUCCUCAAUUAA